CGUUUAAAUUAUUAGUUUUUUCAGUCAUGGCUGGCUCCCGAAUCGAGCGACCAUCCAUUUACAUUGCAGAAGGACAGGGAGGACCGGGGGAAGACAGAGAGAUGGACAUGGAGGAGUUCAGAGAGCUGAAAGAGGCAGUCGAAAACGUGGAGUUGGUGGAUGGUCACGCCCACAAUCUGGUGGCGGUGGACUCAAACUUCCCUUUCCUCCGAUGCUUCUCCGAAGCUACCGGCGAUGCCUUGUCUGACGCCCCUCACACCCUCAGCUUCAAGAGAAGUGUAAGGGAUAUUGCUGAACUUUAUGGAACUAAGCCGUCCUUGCAAGAAAUUGAAGGAUAUCGUAAAUGCUAUGGUUUGCAACAUAUUAGCUCAAUUUGUUUCAAGUCUGCAAGAAUUGCUGCCGUCCUCAUUGAUGAUGGUAUCAAGUUUGACAAAAUGCACGAGAUCGCGUGGCAUAAGAAUGUUGCCCCAGUUGUUGGCAGGGUACUGAGAAUUGAGCAUCUAGCUGAGAAAAUUCUUGAUGAGGAAAGGCCUGGUGGAUCUACAUGGACAUUGGAUGCUUUCAUUCGAACGUUUAUCAAAAAGUUAAAGUCAGUUGCCGAUCAAAUAAUAGGUUUGAAGAGCAUAGCUGCAUACCGCAGUGGUCUUGAGAUUAAUACAAAUGUCACAAGUGAGGAGGCUCAGAGGAGUCUGGUAGAAGUUUUAUGUGCUGGCUGCCCUGUCCGUAUCACAAAUAAAAAUUUCAUCGACUAUCUCUUCAUGCAAAGUUUGGAGGUUGCCUCGCAACUGGGAUUGCCAAUGCAGAUUCACACAGGUUUUGGAGACAAAGAUUUGGAUUUGAGGCUCUCCAAUCCCCUGCAUCUCCACUCCAUUCUUGAGGACAAGAGAUUCUCCAACUGCCGUAUUGUACUUUUACAUGCAUCCUACCCAUUUUCUAGGGAAGCAUCAUAUCUAGCCUCUGUUUAUCCUCAGGUUUACCUUGAUUUUGGUUUGGCUAUUCCUAAGCUUAGUGUCCAUGGGAUGAUAUCAUCAAUCAAAGAACUUCUGGAGCUGGCUCCAAUAAAUAAGGUGAUGUUCAGCACAGAUGGCUAUGCGUUUCCUGAAACUUUCUACUUAGGUGCAAAGAGAGCACGUGAAGUUGUCUUCUCUGUUCUACGUGAUGCAUGUAUUACUGGUGAUCUUUCCAUACCUGAGGCCAUUGAAGCAGUCAAAGACAUUUUUUCUGAGAAUGCAAAAAAGUUCUACAAGAUCAAUUUAGAUGCCAAACCUAUUGAUUCCAAACCUGAUGUUUGUAGCGAUUCAACAAAGUUAGAGAUCGAUACUUUACAAUCAGAUUUUUCACUUGUUCGUGUUAUCUGGGUUGAUGCUUCUGGCCAGCACAGGUGUCGAGUUGUUCCAAGGAGGCGUUUCAAUGAUGUUGUUAGGAAGAAUGGUGUGGGUCUUACUGUUGCUUGUAUGGCCAUGAGUUCAGCUGUAGAUGGUCCUGCAGAAGGGACUAACCUGGGCGCUGCAGGUGAGAUCAGACUGAUGCCUGACUUGUCAACAAAGUGGAAAAUUCCUUGGACAGAACAAGAGGAAAUGGUUCUGUCUGACAUGCAUCUUAAACCUGGUGAGGCUUGGGAAUAUUGCCCAAGAGAAGCAUUAAGGAGAGUUUCCCAAGUUUUGAAAGAUGAAUUUAACUUGGUGAUGUAUGCAGGUUUUGAAAGUGAGUUUUAUCUGUUGAAGAUUGUAUCAAGGGAAGGAAAAGAAGAAUUGGUACCAUUUGAUUCAACACCCUACUGUUCUACUUCAGCCUUUGAUGCUGCUUCCCCUAUAUUUCAUGAAGUUUUUGCCGCUCUCUGUUCCUUGAAUAUUCCAGUUGAACAGCUCCAUGCAGAAGCUGGCAAAGGUCAGUUUGAAAUGGCAACAGGAUACGUUGCCUGUAAUAGAGCUGCAGACAACUUAAUUUUUACUCGUGAAGUUAUUAGGGCUGUUGCAAGGAAACAUGGGUUGCUGGCGACUUUUGUCCCCAAGUACAAAUUGGAUGAUAUUGGUUCGGGAUCUCAUGUGCAUAUCAGUUUGUGGGAAAAUGGGAAAAAUGUAUUUAUGGCUUCUGGUGAACACUCUGAGCAUGGAAUGUCCAAGGUUGGGGAGGAGUUCAUGGCAGGGGUUUUAGAGCAUCUUCCUUCAAUUUUGGCCUUUACAGCACCAGUUCCAAACAGUUAUGAUCGCAUAAAACCCAACACAUGGAGUGGAGCAUACCAGUGCUGGGGAAAAGAAAACCGAGAAGCUCCGUUAAGAACUGCAUGUCCACCUGGAGUACCAGGUGGUGUUGUGAGCAACUUUGAGAUUAAAGCAUUUGAUGGGUGUGCGAAUCCAUACCUAGGGCUGGCUUCUAUAAUUGCUGCUGGGAUUGAUGGUCUACGCAGACAUCUUAGUCUGCCAAAACCCAUUGAUGAAAACCCUUCUAACCUUGGCUCAGAACUUCUAAGAUUGCCAAAGUCUCUUUCAGAAUCUGUAGAAGCUCUUGAAAAAGACAGUGUCUUCAAAGAUCUGAUGGGCAAAAAGCUUUUGGUUGCUAUAAGAGGCAUACGGAAGGCGGAAAUUGCACACUACUCAGAAAAUAAAGAUGCAUACAAGGAGCUUGUUCACCGAUAUUGAGGGAACUAUCCGGACCAGAUUUGAAAGCAAAGGAUGGGACAGGUUCCUCUAUCUAUGCAACUUUGUUAUAUUUGUGGCACAGGAUGCAUUCAUAGUUAUUGUCGGAAAAUAAUAAAUCUGGCAGUCAUGUAAACUCCAUUGUUGCUUCAUCUGGCAUGGCAUCUGAAUGCAUUUGAAGCCAAUAAUUUGUACACAAACCAAGGCAUUACGACAACUAGUGUUGCUCCGUGUUGCUGCUAUGCUAGUCUUUUGGGGGCUAAUGGGUUCAACUGAACAGCGAACUUUUGUUUCUAAAAAGCAUUAAACAAGCAAUUUGUGAAAAGAGGUGGAGAGCCGAGAAUUGUUUUUGGCA